CAUGACAACCUGAAAUCACAGCUGACUGCAGGAGAGAGGAGAACCAUUUUAAAGUUUGGCUGCAGCACAGUGAUUGGCUGCUGGAGAAUGAGGUGAAUGUAAUAGGUUCAAAACAACGCCCGCGAUGAGCUGAUUAUGCAGCUGCGGACUGACGUAUACCCAGUCUUCCUGACAGAAUUUGAGCUGAGCUUCAUUUGGCUGAAUAAUUUCAUCCUGAUCGUACCCAGAAUGCAAAGUGAGACACCGAAACCUCAGCAGCCCUGAAGCUUUGCAGGUUAUCAUGGUGAUAACACACACAUCUUCCCUUGCCUGAGCCUCUGCUGCAGCAACAAAGGAUUUGUAUUGCUUCAUGAAAACACACACCGAGUCCCAUGCAGUUCGGACCCCCGCCGCCGGAGUGUUAGCCCAGAUUGGAGGAUUGACCGCCAUGGCAGCGUCGGAGGAGCUGUACACAAAGCGCGCUCGGGUGUGGGUCCCCGAUGCAGAGGAGGUGUGGAAGUCUGCUGAGCUGACCGAAGACUACAAAAAUGGCGACACCUCCCUGCAGCUCAUGCUGGAGGAUGGAACUAACAUCGAGCACAAACUCGACCCCAAGACGAAGAACCUGCCUUACCUGCGAAACCCCGACAUCCUGGUGGGAGAGAACGACCUCACAGCGCUCAGCUACCUCCACGAGCCGGCCGUGCUGCACAACCUCAAGGUCCGCUUCAUGGACUCCAAGCUCAUCUACACCUACUGCGGAAUCAUUCUGGUGGCCAUCAACCCGUAUGAGCCGCUGCAAAUCUAUGGAUCCGACAUCAUCAACGCCUACAGCGGCCAGAACACGGGCGAUAUGGACCCUCACAUCUUCGCUGUGGCAGAGGAGGCUUACAAACAGAUGGCCAGGGACGAGAGGAACCAGUCGAUAAUUGUGAGCGGGGAGUCCGGGGCUGGAAAAACGGUAUCGGCCAAAUACGCAAUGAGAUACUUUGCUACGGUCAGCGGCACCACCAGCGAGGCCAACGUGGAGCAGAAGGUGUUGGCCUCCAACCCCAUCAUGGAGGCCAUUGGAAAUGCAAAGACCACCCGAAACGACAACAGCAGUCGCUUUGGGAAAUACAUCGAGAUCGGCUUCGACACCCGCUUCCGUAUCAUCGGCGCCAACAUGAGAACAUAUCUGCUGGAGAAAUCACGAGUGGUGUUUCAGGCGGACGAGGAAAGGAAUUACCAUGUCUUUUAUCAGCUCUGUGCAUCCUCCCAUCUGCCUGAAUAUGAGAAACUAAAGCUCAGCAAUGCAAUGGAAUUCCAGUACACCAAGCAGGGCCGCAGCCCCGUUAUCGAAGGCGUGGACGACACCAAGGAACUCUGCUCCACUCGCAAUGCCUUCACUUUGCUCGGUAUUAAUGAGUCCUAUCAGAUGGGGCUGUUCCAGGUUUUGGCCGCUAUUCUUCAUCUGGGAAACGUGGAAAUAAAGGACCGAGACUCAGACAGCAGCAUCGUUCCACCCAACAAUCGCCACCUCUCAGCGUUUUGUGAGUUGGUGGGCGUGACCUACGAGGACAUGUCUCAGUGGCUGUGCCACAGGAAGCUGAAGACGGCCACGGAGACGUAUGUAAAGACCGUCCCCCGCCUGAUGGCAACCAACGCCCGUGACGCGCUCGCCAAACACAUCUACGCCAAACUCUUCAACUGGAUUGUGGAGCAUGUUAACAAAGCGCUGAUCACCAACAUCAAACAGCACUCCUUCAUCGGAGUCCUGGACAUCUACGGGUUUGAGACGUUUGAGAUCAACAGCUUUGAGCAGUUCUGUAUCAACUACGCUAAUGAGAAACUCCAGCAGCAGUUCAACAUGCAUGUGUUCAAGCUGGAGCAGGAGGAGUACAUGAGGGAGCAGAUCCCCUGGACUCUGAUCGACUUCUACGAUAAUCAGCCCUGCAUCAACCUCAUAGAAGCUAAGAUGGGCAUCCUGGACCUGCUGGACGAGGAGUGCAAGAUGCCCAAAGGUACAGAUGAUUCUUGGGCUCAGAAACUUUACAACACACACCUGAAGACCUGCUCCCUCUUUGAGAAGCCACGCAUGUCCAACCGUGCCUUCAUCAUUGAACAUUUUGCUGACAAGGUGGAGUACCAGUGUGACGCUUUUCUGGAGAAGAACAAGGACACGGUGAACCAAGAUCAGGUCAAUGUGCUGAAGGCCAGCAAGUUCCCCCUGCUGGUGGAGUUGUUCCAGGACGGGGAGAAAGCCACCAGUCCCACGGGCCAGGGCCCCGGCACCGGAGGACGGACCCGCCUCAGCGUCAAACCUGUCAAGGGCCGCGAGAGCAGCAGCAAGGAGAACAAGAAGACCGUCGGCUGCCAGUUUCGUAACUCCCUGGCAAUGCUGAUGGAAACGUUGAACGCAACCACCCCGCACUACGUCCGCUGCAUCAAACCCAACGACUUCAAGUUGGCCUUCACGUUUGAUCCUAAGCGUGCGGUGCAGCAGCUCAGAGCCUGCGGAGUCCUGGAAACCAUCAGGAUCUCUGCGGCAGGGUUCCCCUCCAGAUGGACGUACCAGGAGUUCUUCAGCCGUUACAGAGUGCUGAUGAAGCAGAAAGACGUGUUACCUGACAAGAGGUUGACCUGCAGAAAUGUUCUGGAGAAACUGGUGGAGGACCAGGAUAAAUAUCAGUUUGGUAAGACCAAGAUCUUCUUCAGGGCCGGCCAGGUGGCCUACCUGGAGAAGUUGAGGGCAGAUAAGUUGCGUGUUGCCUGCAUCCGCAUCCAGAAAACCAUCCGCUGCUGGCUGGAGCGCAAGAGGUAUCUGCGCAAACGCAGCGCCGCCAUCACCGUCCAGAGGUUCACCAGAGGAUACCAGGCCCGCCGCCUCGUCAAGUUCAUGCGUCGCACGCAGGCAGCCACCACCAUCCAGAAGUACCACAGGAUGGUUGUGGAGAGGACACGCUACCGGCAGAAGCAGGCUGCUGCUCUCGUCGUGCAGACCCUCCUCCGAGCGUACAUGGCCCGGCAGAUGUACCAAUCGUUGCUGCGGGAGCAAAAGGUGGUGAUCAUCCAGAAGCGAGUGCGCGGCUGGUUGGCUCGCUGCUGGUACAAGCGCUGCCUGGAGUCCAUCGUCUACCUGCAGUGCUGUUUCCGCAGGAUGAAGGCCCGGCGCCAGCUGAAGAAGCUGAAGAUCGAGGCUCGCUCAGUGGAGCACUUCAAGAAGCUCAACAAGGGCAUGGAGAACAAGAUCAUGCAGCUGCAGAGGAAAAUCGACGAGCAGAAAGAGAACCAUAAGGUGGUCAAAGACAGGCUGGUGGGUAUGGAGACUUCCUACACAGCAGAGAGCGAGAAGCUGCGUGCAGAGGUGAGCCGACUGCGCGGGGUGGAGGAAGACGCCAAAAGCAAAGGCAUCCGGCUGAACUCGCUGCAGGAGGAGCUGGAGAAGCUGAAGAAGGAGCUGACUACCACUCGGAAAGAGAAGAAGACCAUAGAGGACUGGGCCAAAACCUACAGGGGGGAGAUGGAGAAGAUGGUCUCGGAGCUGAAGAAGCAGAACGGCACCCUGACGAAGGACAACAACGACCUGAACCGGAUGAUUCAGGAACAGAGUCAGCAGAUGACGGACAAAAUGGCUCACGCGAUCGUACAGGAGACCCAGCAGCUCGAGACCGAUCUGAACGAGGAGCGGUCUCGUUACCAGAAUCUACUGAGGGAGCACCUGCUUAUGGAGGAGAAAUACGACGACCUGAAGGAGGCGAUGGCUUCCUCGAACGCCUCCAAGCCUGGUCACAGGAGAAAAGAUUCCACGCACAGCAGCAACGAAUCAGAGUACACAUACAACUCGGAGUACGCCGAAUUGGAGGAAGGUUCCCGUGCUGCGGAAGAUGUGACUCGGGGAAUCGACACGUCGCUGACCCUGAAGCUGCAGAAGCGCCUCACCGAGCUCGAGCAAGAGAAGCAGUCUCUGCGCAACGAGCUCGAAAACAAAGAGGACCAGUUCCAGCGGGCUAGAGCCAGGGAUGACGUUGAGUUUAAAAAGGCUCGCGGAGCAGAGCUGGAGUACGAGUCACUGAAGCGCCAGGAGCUGGAUUCGGAGAACAAGAAGCUGAAACAUGACCUGGUGGAGAUUAGGCAAAGCCUGCUGGGUAAAGCUGGUCCAGGCGCCGGGGCCCCAGGCUCCCCAGCCUACAAGGUGGUGUUGGAGCAGCUGAACUCCUCCUGUGAAGAGCUGGAGGUCCGUAAGGAGGAGGUGCUGAUCCUGCGCUCACAGCUGGUCAGCCAGAAGGAGGCCAUGCACCACAAGGAUGAGAAGGAAACCAUGACCGAGCCUUCAGUCUAUGCGGAGGAUGUUUCCAAGCUGAAGGACUCUGAUGAAAUCAAGCAAGCCUACGUAGGACUUAAAGACACCAACAGAUCUGCCGCUCCAGACCUCCACAAGCUGAAUGAGGACGGAGAGCUGUGGCUGGUUAAUCAGGGCUUAAAGGAAACCAUCAGGUUACUGGAGCACCAGCUGCAGACUCAGCGGCGAGGCUACGAUAACGAGGUGGAGUCGUUGCAUGGCGAGCUGCAGAACGUGAAGGAGGAGAACAACCGCCAGCAGCAGCUCUUAGCCCAGAACCUGCAGCUGCCUCCAGAGGCCCGCAUCGAGGCCAGCCUGCAGCACGAGAUCACCCGCCUCACCAACGAGAACCUGGAUCUAAUGGAGCAGCUGGAGAAACAGGACCGAACCAUCCGCAAGCUGAAGAAGCAGCUGAAGGUUUACUCCAAGAGGAUCGGAGAGAUGGGAGCGGGUCAAACCGAGGGACAGACGUCUCCGGGACAGGUGGUGGACGAGCCGAUUCAUCCUGUCAACAUUCCCCGCAGGGAGAAAGAUUUCCAAGGGAUGCUGGAGUACAACAAGGAGGAUGAGCUCAAACUGGUCAAGAACCUCAUCCUGGAGCUGAAGCCUCGAGGGGUAGCUGUGAAUCUGAUCCCAGGUCUACCGGCCUACAUCCUGUUCAUGUGUCUGAGACAUGCCGACUACGUCAACGAUGACCAGAAGGUCCGCACCUUGCUCACCUCCACCAUCAACAGUAUCAAGAAGAUCCUGAAGAAACGAGGAGACGACUUUGAGACCGUCUCCUUCUGGCUAUCCAACACCUGCCGCUUCUUGCAUUGUCUCAAACAGUACAGCGGAGACGAGGCCUUCAUGAAGCACAACACAACGAGGCAGAACGAACACUGUCUGUCCAACUUCGACCUGGCAGAGUACCGACAGGUGAUCAGCGACCUGGCCAUCCAGAUCUACCAGCAGCUCAUCAAGUGCAUGGAGAACAUCCUGCAGCCCAGUAUAGUGUCUGGCAUGCUGGAGCACGAGACCAUCCAGGGCGUGUCGGGGGUGAAGCCCACGGGUCUCCGUAAGAGGACGUCCAGCAUCGCGGACGAGGGCACCUACACCCUGGACUCCAUCCUGCGGCAGCUCAGCGCCUUCCACUCCACCAUGUGCCAGCACGGCACCGACCCCGAGCUCAUGAAGCAGGUGGUGAAGCAGCAGUUUUACAUAAUCGGGGCUGUCACCCUCAACAACCUGCUGCUGCGCAAAGACAUGUGCUCCUGGAGCAAAGGCAUGCAGAUCAGGUACAACGUGAGCCAGCUGGAGGAGUGGCUCAGGGACAAAGGGCUGAUGGUGUGCGGGGCGAAGGAGACGCUGGAGCCUCUAAUCCAGGCCGCUCAGCUGCUGCAGGUAAAGAAGAAGACCGACGAGGACGCCGAGGCCAUCUGCUCCAUGUGCUUGGCCCUCACCACGGCUCAGAUUGUGAAGGUCCUGAACCUUUAUACACCAGUCAACGAGUUUGAGGAGAGGGUAUCAGUGUCAUUCAUACGAACCAUACAGACUCGUUUGCGCGACCGUUGUGAGAGUCCCCAGUUGUUGAUGGACACCAAGAUGAUUUACCCCGUCACCUUCCCAUUCAGCCCGUCCUCACUCGCCCUGGAAACCAUCCAGGUCCCCGGCUCUCUUAACCUGGCCUUCCUCACACGUGUCUAAACUCGACAGGAAGGCGGAGAAGAUGAUGUAGUGGCCACAUGACACUCACUAGCCCACAAAGACUUUGUACUACACAAUCAUCAAAAGAGAGAUACAAAAAGAAAAUUAAAAGCGUUGAACACACUCAAAAAUGAACACGAUUUGAGCAGUUAUUUCUAAAAGAAAAAAAGCUUCUAAUUCAAAACACGGUUUCCAGUAAAGAAUCGCUGGUCUGAAUCUGGACACUGACACACAAAAAUUAAACCCUCAAACACAACCACAUGCUGAACUCUAAACAUGCAUCUGUACAAAACAUACAUCCUUUGAACGUACACAUGCACGCCUUCACUUCUGUCGCACAAAACGCACAGAUGCACUCGCUGGUUUAAAUGUCAUCAUCCACUGCUUGUAAAAUCGCUUGCCUCUUAGAGAAGCCACAGGGCCAUAUCAAUGCCUCCUCGCGCUCCAUCGAGUCCGUCUUAGUGGACCCCAGCUUCCAGAUAUGUGUGUAAACUCGCUGUAAGAUCUCGUCAUCGUGUCGUUCCCCGAAGAGAAUGUAUAUUGCCACACAAAGGAGUAGAGUCCUCAGAAAGAAAGUAACUUGAUGAGGUUGGUAUGUCGGGUCUCAAAGUGAGUUUUGAGUCCGCAUAUGAAGCUUUAUGAGUGAUAGCCAUGCUAAAGUUAGCUCUCUCCACCCCCAUGUUGAGUUAACCUGGACCGGGCUUCCUCUCUGAAAACAGUCAAGACAACACAGAACUCAUCGUCUGUACUAUAUCAUUUAUACAUAUAUAAAUAUGAAUAAUAUAUAUAUCGUGUAUUUUAUUUAUUGCAUUUAACUCCGUCCCCACCCUCCCUUUUUGAGAUUAGAAGCUUUCUCCUCCGAUAUAUGAAGGAUAGGAUUCCCGAGAUAAUCGGCUCCAUUGUUAAAUAUUUACGUCUAUCAGGUAAAUGAUGUAGUGCCAGCAGAGAUGAUUAUUUCUUAGGUCAAGUCUUAACUUAACUGUCGCAUUACCAUGUUUACCCUGAUGAAGUGUAGCACGGGUUUUAACUGAGGAGAGAUUUAGAAAGUUGAAGCUUUGACAAAGGUUUAACCUGCUGUAGUCUGUACUGUUUACAGCUGUGACCCGAGCUCAGAGAAAACACUGGCACAAAGAUAUGAAGUCACUCUCUCACACACUGCUUACUGCUGAAUCACCGAAGGGGGGGGGGGUUGCACUGCGUACGCUUUACUCUCUCUUCUCGUCUUCUCUGGUCAAAGCCUGUUUUGUUAUCAUCAACGUGGAACUAUUUAUUUCAGUAUUAUCAUUUUCUGUUGUGUAUAUCGUGAAGAAGCCAUGUAUCACUGAGCAGAGACGACAGAAAAGGUCUCUUGGGGGUUUGUCAUGGAUAUGUCCAUCUUUACAACAUUUGUAUCUGCUUUAUUCCCACAAAGACCACAAACCGCAGCUUUGGAGGCCGAUUCCUCUCCUCUCUUUUCAUUCAUGUCCGUCCUAUGCCUUCCUGUUCAGCGGCCAAGACAACACAACAUGGGCCUUUUUAUUACCAAAAACAACAGAAUAGGUGCAGCUGUUUUCCAUUCCAAUUGCACGGUUAAAUUAAGGGUUUACUGACAUUUUCUUUUUGGUGCACAAUAUGUUUUGGUCCAGAUAUCCAGUCAUAUUUAAGACUUUCCUUCAACUGUGAUAUUACACCUCACCCGCUAUAACUCAGUAUGGAUACAUUGCUGCUGCUGCCCUCAUACAACCAGCAUGCGCUUUGCUUUACUAGUUAGUAGAAAUACAACUUCACACUUUUGUUGUUGUUUUCUUCUACAAAGAAACAUCGAUGUAGUCUUCUGAUUGGAGAGUGAGAGAAUCUGCCCAUGUUGUUACAGAAAGUGUUUUGUCUGCGUUCACAUUGUCCUCGCUGCCUCGUGUUUAGCACUUUCCCCCCCAUUUACUUUGUGCCAUUAGUAUUAACAGCCAACCCAAUUUGCCUCUUACCCUCAUGUGAACCUUACUUUGUCCUAAAGGCCUUUCACAAACAUAUUUCACUUUGAUAGAAUUUUUUUUUUUUUAAAGGUGCUUAAAUAUAUAGGAGGUUGUGAAUCGUCUCCAAAAACUGAACUCGGUACGUUUUAUUGGUUAUGUUUUGUUCCUUCUAAAACCAACCAACAUUCAACCAAAUGUGUUUUACAUUUGAAAUAUCCGUGAACUUGCUCUUGUGAAGCUACAGUACAUGCUGAGAAAUAUACAUAUUUAAACAUCUUCAAAAUUGUAAGUGGAGUAAAGAGAAGUUAGUGUGUGAAGUUUGUGUUGCACUUGUAUUUGAGAAUAAUUGAAUAUGCUCUCAUUGGGACCACAUGUUAUCAAUCUGCCUUUUUGUUACAUUAUUAGGUGGUUUCAAGUAUGCUUUGUGUAAAGAGUACAUAUCUGUUGCAAGUAAGACGGUAACUGGAAGGAAUUUAUUUAACAUAUGAAUGUUUGAAGUUGUUAAUGAAGUGUUUUAGCUGCACAUUUUUGGGCAAAGCCUUAUUUGAAUAUUUGCCACCUGAGUGACUAAAACACAAAAUCGUCAGUGUCACUCCAGGGUUUUUUUCCACUGUAAAAUUAAUAUUAAAUGUGAUAUUUUGUUCUGAUAAGGUGUCCUUUUGGUCAACAGUUAUUGCCACAGGGUUGCACUGUUUUGCCAUAAGUCCAAAAUGCAUUUUUUAGACAUUGCUGAGGAAGACGGAUAAAUAAUAGAUUGACAAGGACUGUAAAAUGAAACACUCCCAACACCUUCCUACUGAACUGCAACCCAUUAAGCUUCCUCUGCCAGUGAUCAGUCAUUUAUUUUUGCAGUUUUAUUCAGACUAUGAAAUAUUGCAAGCCACAGGAAGGAAGACACUUGUGAUUGUGUAUGCAGCACCAGCUUUCUCACACUUGCUCAGACUAUCCUUGUCGUCUGAUAUAUUAAGAAUAGUUUCAGUGGAGCGUUAAAAAACAUUUGCAUUCAUGUGUUUGUAUUGUUGAGCAGGGUUGUUUCCCUGGGUUUCUCUUGGGCUGUCAAACAGAAAUAAGUGUCAUUCCUUCACUCUGCGUUUUUACACGAAGGGGAGAGUUGGUUGUACGAUACGACGUAGACAUUAUAAAUGACCAUUGUUCUUAUCAGCACUAGCGUUGAAUGUGCCAUUUUAAAUAUUGUUAACGAUCAUAAAUCAUCACCUCAGCUGUCGUGGUACCGGUGUGAACACGCUGGUACCAGAUGUUUCCUCUAUGACCCAUGUGUACAAACUGGACUGUUUGUAGUUUCUGGUAGUUGUGCUUAGUGAAUGUGUUCACCGUUAAGAAACUUGGAAUAAAUUGUCAAAUCUGUAAAAGUAAAAUAAAAGAAUACAGCAUUGUU